AUGCGAGAGGACAGGGACAAGCACCCCAGGGGUAUCAGAAUUAUCAGCGACAACAAUAUUAACCUCAGCAGAGACAACAAGGAAACCAAUCCAAUUUGGAGGAGAUGUUUAAAAGUUUCAUCACCAAGAACUCCAGGAACUCUACCAAGUGACACAGUGAGGAAUCCAAAAUAUUUGAAGGCUGUAACAUUGCGUUCUGGGAAGAUGUUGAGUGAAAAUUGUCAGAGUCCAAAAGAGAAGUCAAGGGAAAGCCAAGUGGAGACAAAAGAAUCUCAUGAAAUCAAGAAGGGUAAGGACAAGUCGAAAGUUGAUGGGGAUACAAAACAUAUGUCUCCAUUGCCUUUUCCUCAGAAAAUGAAACGAGAAAAGCUUGAUAAAUGUUUCGGAAAGUUCCUUGAGAUGCUAAAACAGCUACAUGUGAAUAUACCAUUUAUAGAGGUUGUCAUGCAAAUGCCUGCAUAUGCAAAGUUUCUAAAGGAAAUUCUAUCUAGCAAGAGAAAAUUGGAGGAAACAUCAGCAGUCAAGCUUAAUGCUCAUUGUAGUGUCAUCCUUCAAAAUAAACUACCUCAGAAAUGUGGUGAUCCGGGUAGUUUCACUAUUCCUUGUGCUAUAGGAAAUGUUAGGUUUGAGAAGUCAUUAUCCGACUCAGGAGCCUCUAUAAACCUCAUGCCGCUGUCAAUUUUCAAGAAACUCGAAAGAGAACUUGGAAUAAUUAAGUCCAUCCCCGUUUCCUUACAGUUGGCAGAUCAAUCUACAAUCAUUCCUGAAGGAAUAAUUGAAGAUGUUUUAGUUAGAGUGGACAAGUUUGUGUUCCCAGUGGAUUUCAUAGUGGUGGACAUGGAAGAAAAUAAGGAGGUUCCGUUAAUUCUUGGGAGACCAUUUCUGGCUACUGGUAGAGCAAUACUUGAUGUAUAUGAAGGACAAUUGAUGCUCAGAGUUGGAGAAGAAAAAGUAGUUUUCAAUAUGAAAAAGAUGAUGAAAUUUCCUCAAGAGGAGGAAAAUGUCUACUCCUGUUUCAAAGUAGAUAUAUUGACUGAUCUGGCUGAAGAAUAUAAGAAUGAAAACUUUAUGGAGGAGACAUUGGAGAGAUGCAUCACUGAAUCGAAUAAUGAAGAAGCAAGAGAACGAGAAUCCUAUCCAAAAGACACUGAAAAUGAACUUUUGAGAGAGAAGCAAACAUCUACUCCAGAGCUCAAAGUGUUGCCCACUCACUUGAAGUAUGUAUUUCUUGAAUUUGACAGUUUUCCAGUAAUUGUUUCAAUUUAUCUUACAGAAGAACAGGAAAGAAAGCUGAUAUAUAUGUUGAGAAGAUACAAGAAGGCUAUUGGGUGGUCUAUUGCAGAUAUUUAG